AUGUCUGGGUACCCAGGUGCGGGUUACAGCGCCGGCGGAUAUGCUCCUCCGCCGCAGCCGCAGUACGGCGGCUACUAUCCUCCCCAAGGCUAUGGGUACCAGCAACCGCCUCCAGCACCCGCUCCCGGAUAUGGCUAUCAGCCGCCGGUGCCAUCCUAUGGCUACCACCAGCACUAUCUCCAGCCUCCACCCCAAGGGUAUCAUGCCCCACCGCCAACCCAUCAUCCCUCACCCCCAGCCCCCAACAGCUAUGGGAGACCUGGCAUGCCGGCGGCGAACACUCAAUCCUACAGCGGGCCUCCGCUGCCGCCCCAGGCGACACAGCACUACGGAUAUGGAUCACAUGGAUUUCAGUUUCAAUACUCGCAGUGCACGGGGCGCCGGAAGGCUUUGUUGAUCGGCAUCAACUAUUUCAACCAGCGUGGCCAGCUCAGGGGUUGUAUCAACGAUGUCAGGAACAUGUCGGCCUAUCUCGUUGAGAACUUCGGCUACAAGCGGGAGGACAUGGUGAUUCUCACCGAUGACCAGCAGAACCCCAUGAGCCAGCCGACGAAACAGAACAUUCUGAGGGCCAUGCAUUGGCUGGUCAAGGACGCUCGCCCCAACGACUCACUCUUCUUCCACUAUUCCGGCCACGGUGGGCAAACGAAGGACCUCGACGGCGACGAAGAAGAUGGUUAUGACGAGGUCAUCUACCCGGUCGAUUUCCGCCAGACUGGCCACAUCACCGACGACGAGAUGCACCGCAUCAUGGUGCGCCCGCUACAGGCAGGCGUGCGCCUAACAGCCAUCUUCGACUCAUGCCACUCUGGCACAGCGCUCGAUUUGCCCUACAUCUACUCUACCCAGGGCAUCCUCAAAGAACCCAACCUCGCCAAGGAGGCCGGCCAAGGCUUGCUCAGCGCCGUAUCCGCGUAUAGCCGUGGCGAUCUCGGCGGUGUCGCCAGCAAUAUCGUCGGCUUCUUUAAGAAGGCUAGCACCAGCGAUGAUGCCCAUGCCAGGGCAAUGGCCAUCAAAACAUCUCCUGCGGACGUCAUCAUGUUCUCUGGUAGCAAGGAUGACCAGACGUCAGCCGACGCAACCAUCGCCUCCCAAGCUACGGGGGCCAUGUCUUGGGCUUUCAUCACGGCCCUCAAGAAGAAUCCGCAACAGAGUUAUGUGCAGCUGCUUAACAGCAUUCGCGACGAGCUGCAGACUCGCUAUACGCAGAAGCCCCAGCUCUCUUGUAGCCAUCCUCUCGCCGGCCCCAAAAUCUUCAAAGUUUGCAAUUGCGGCUGA